UGCUAAUCUCUAUACGAAUACCUAUAAAUAUUUGAGGCACUGUCAAAGCUCCUUACAUUGAUAUAUUCACAUAUAGCACAAAGGACGUUUAAUUUAUAAAAUCAAGAUAUCUAGUUUCGCUGCAGUGUGCAAUAGGAAGUGGAUUAAAACAAUCGUCUCUUGAACUCAUUUAUUAAGUACUGUUUUCAAGUUUAAAAUAAUACAUUUUGUGACAAAAAUGUUUAGAUAUAAGGGUGUUUCUUUAAUAGUUUUCGUUGUUUUAUUUUACGAAAGUUCUUCAAGAUUGGCGCCGGACUACAUAAAACCUUGCCCAGGACUUAAGUCAGAAUGUCUCAAGAGAAAUAUUCAAGAAACAAUUCCACACUUCGUAAAAGGCAUUCAGAGCCUAGGUAUAAACUCUACUGACCCUUUAUAUGGCGAUCCAGUGCAAUUGGACCUUCCUGGAGGUCUCAAAAUUGAAUUUAAUGAUGGAAUAAUCAAGGGCUUUAGAAAAUGCAUUGUGGAACAUGUCAAGUAUGAGGGCCUUGAAGCUCAACUCAACUUACGGUGUAAUUUAUCCUUGAAAGGAAAGUACAAAGCCACUGGUAGAGUUCUCAUUUUCGCUAUAAAUGGAGAAGGAGAUGCCAGAAUAAAAACUCCGAACGUUGCAUUUUCCUGUAAAAUCAGGUUCGAAGACAGAACACACGAUGGAGUGAUAUACCGAGAGAUAAAAGACUACAAAGUGUCAUACAGCUAUGACGAUAAAGUUAGUUUUCAAUUUACGAACCUCUUCAAAGGAAACCCUGAACUAAGUGAAACAGUUUUAACUUUCCUGAAUGAAAACUGGAAACAAGUGCUGGAUGAGUUCGGAAAACCAAUCACAGAUACGAUCGUUCGAAUUGUAUUCAACGUCAUAAAGAAGUUCUUCCGCGCCAUACCCAGAGACGAGCUAUAUGUUGCAUGAUUUAGAUUAAUAGAAAAGAAUUAGUAUUAUUAGUAGUUAAUAAAAAUAUUAUAGAGUAGU